AUGAACAUCGGAAUCGUUGGCGCAGGUAUUUCCGGGCUGUACACCGGUUUGCUUUUACAACGCGAGGGUCAUAAAGUGACCAUCUUUGAAGCCUCGGACCGUGUAGGUGGCCGCAUCUACACAUAUCGGUUUCCAUUACAGAGGAGAUUCGAAAGCGGUGUAUCUGAAGAGGACGUAUCUGCACACGGUAGAUCUGAGUUGGACACUUCCAGCGGUGCCUACUUUGAGGCCGGAGCGAUGCGCAUCCCGCGUUCAUCGCUGCAUUCUCAAGUCUUUGACUUGGUCCGCUAUCUCAACACCUAUGGCCCAGCUGAGAAAAAAGUCGAGCUGAUCCCCUACAUUCUCGAUCAUGAGAAUAAUCUUUCAUUUUUCCAGAACAAGAAAGGCAGGCUACAGGAUACUCGAUGGGCCGCCAAAGCAGGACUACCGGAGCAAUUUCACGGCAACUCGGCGCAGGAGCUCCUGGGCAGCGUCGUCUUGCCGUGGCUCACUAAGCUGCGUACCAAUUUUGACUCUGGUUUCGAAGAGCUGCUAAAGUACGACGAGUACUCCUUUCGCGCGUAUCUGCGGCUCGUAGCCCGCUGGCCGCAUGAGGUGGUUGACUUUGUUGAGCUACUUUGUUCGCAGACCAACCAGUACGAUCUAUCAUUCACCGAAAUCAUCAUGCAGAACCUGGAUUUCGAUACACAGGAGUGGGCGACUGUCAAGGGUGGCAUGUCCCGCAUUACCGAAUGCGCUGCGACCAUACUUGGCUCCGACAAUAUCCACCUUGGCUCGCGGGUUGAGCGGAUCUCGUAUGUGGACGAUGGCCGAGUGGAGCUUGGCAUUGAGGGCGACCCAGAUCAGAUCGCCACCUUUGAUGCGGUGGUCCUGGCGAUGCCCCCGUCGGCGCUCCACACCAUCGUCGACCGGCCCAAAUGGUCAUUCAUGAAAGAGCAGUCAAUCCGUGGCACGCACUUUGAGCCACUUUAUAAGAUUGGCCUCCAUUUUCGUACAAGAUUCUGGGAAAAGUCUUCCACACCCGCCCUCGGCGGUCAAAGUACUACCGAUCUCCGCUUUCGCUGGAUUGUCUACCCGUCGAAUGACAUAGGCGGAGAUGGGUCUGGUGUCUUGCUCCUCUACAGCUGGAUGACUGACGCUAUGAAGUGGGCAGGCCUUUCACCAGAGGAACGCAUCAAGAUCUGCCUACAUGAUCUCAACAAGUUUUACGCGGAUGAGCCUGAUAUCAAUGUAUAUGACCAAUACAUUGAAGCAUACGAUGUCCUGUGGAUGAACGAAUUUUGUGGCGGUGACGCCAUGUUCCUCCCAGGGCAAUUCUCGCGUUACCACCACGUCGCAAAACAGCCGGAGAGAAACGUCUACUUCGCGGGCGAGCAUUUGUCAAAGCACCAUACAUGGAUCGCUGGCGCAGUGGACUCCGCAUUGAAUACAACGGCUGCAAUUUUGGGUAAACAAGCACAGUUCCACUCUGGUAAAGCGGUUGACAAACCUGUCACAAUUAUCCCGCUUGGUAGAGAGCACGUGCCUCUAGAGGAGGAAUCAAGCAGAGUCAUGGAAGAGAAUGUGGCCCCCAUGAUGGACAUCAGCAGCCGUCUACUGAAAGCUUUCAUCAUUCCCAGGCACAUGAACGUGCAGGUCUCAUGUAUCUCUCUGUCUCUUGCCUGCACGUCAUGGCUUCAGCUAGUGUCAGAAUAA